GUCCUCGCAGGCGUUCGUGUAGUGGUGACUGAAGCCUGAUGAAAACACACACACCCACUUAAAAAAAAAAACAUUACAAAUAACACACUAAACUAUACUUUUUCAGGAUUUACACCGGCAUUCGCAAGACAAGAACGAAGGAGACCCAAAUAAGUUUCGUCUUGAAUUCUAAUGAAGUCAAAGUUGCUCUGAAAUUUAGAGCAGUGCUGUUUCAUCAUAGUUUCAGGCUCUCUGCUACCUGGUUAUCCUGGUGACGUGUUGGUAUGCCAUUCCCUUUCGGUAAGUCUCACAAGUGUCCGGCAGACAUUGUGAAGAACCUGAAGGACAACAUGACCCUUUUGGAGAAACAGGACAUCUCGGAUAAGAAGGCUGAGAAGGCCUCUGAGGAGGUGUCCAAAUCUCUGCUGGCAAUGAAGGAGAUUCUUUACGGCACUAAUGAGAAGGAGCCGCAGACAGAAGCCGUGGCUCAGCUCGCUCAAGAGCUUUACAACAGCGGUCUGCUCAGUACACUCAUCACAGACCUGCAACUCAUUGACUUUGAGGGCAAGAAAGAUGUGGCGCAAAUCUUUAACAAUAUUCUGAGACGUCAGAUCGGCACACGGACACCCACUGUGGAAUACCUGUGUACUCAACAGAACAUACUGUUCAUGCUGCUUAAAGGAUACGAGUCUUCCGAUAUCGCUCUGAACUGUGGGAUAAUGCUGAGGGAAUGCAUACGGCACGAGCCGCUGGGCAAGAUCACCCUCUGUUCCGAACAAUUCUACGAUUUCUUCAGAUACGUUGAGAUGUCCACCUUCGACAUCGCCUCAGAUGCAUUCGCUACUUUUAAAGAUUUGUUGACGAGACACAAAAUGCUCAGCGCCGAGUUUCUGGAACAGCACUAUGAUAGAUUCUUUAGUGAAUAUGAGAAACUUCUUCACUCAGAAAACUACGUCACCAAGAGGCAGUCACUGAAGCUUUUGGGAGAGCUGCUUUUGGACAGGCACAACUUCACUAUAAUGACGAAGUAUGUAAGCAAACCAGAAAACCUCAAACUCAUGAUGAAUUUACUGAGAGACAAAAGCCGCAACAUUCAGUUUGAGGCCUUCCAUGUCUUUAAGGUGUUUGUGGCCAAUCCGAACAAGACACAGCCCAUCCUCGACAUCUUGCUGAAGAACCAGAUCAAACUAAUAGAGUUCCUAAGCAAGUUCCAGAACGACCGCACCGAGGAUGAGCAAUUCGGUGACGAAAAGAACUAUCUAAUCAAACAAAUCAGUGACCUCAAGAGGCCGACCCCGCAGGAUGCCUGAAAAUUAUAAAGAAAGUCAAAUAAAAGCAAAGGGAAUGUCUAGACAAUGUUUUGGCAACGUCUGGACAACGUUUUGGCUCUCUGCAGCAACAAGCAUGUUUUAACAGAUUUGUGUUUUGCUGGAAAUGCUAAAUGCCUUUUGAGCUCAGUAGGUGACAAAAUUUGAUGAUUAUUAUCUUUGAAAGAUAUUUGAAAAUUAGAGUAAAUGUGUUUAAUCUGUGGGUUUGUUGAUGGUUAGUGUAGCAGCUAUGCUGUCACAGCUGUUGACUCCAACAUUAAGUUUGGUGUCCUAGAAACUACCGGUAAUGUAAAAUCUUUCUGUGGUUAUGACCUCAAAUUUUGUAUCCUAACUACUGUAGCUCUCUGUAGAAUUACACAACACCCUAGUAUAUCCAGUAGUCCCUUUUUGGCUGUAUGUUUGGUUGAUUAACUCAACCCUUUUUUUUUGACAAGUUGAGGUCAUAGGCCAAUCUAUUGAAAAUGUGUACAGGUUGCAUUUCAGCAAAUUAAAAGAAACAAAUAUAUAUAUUUUUGCAAUAGAAAAAUAUAGCUUAUUUAGGGACCUCCAGGAUUUCAUUUUUUCUUUUGUGCAGUGAGAUGUUAUUUUCAAGGCAAUUAAGCACAUUUCCCCAUUAUUUCCCCUCAUCAUGAAAUGCAUCCCAAUGUCUGGAAUUUCCCUUUAUUCUCAUUAUAGAUUUUCAUAACUAUAAUACAGUAUUAUUGUUUUUUCUAAUACUUUAAAAAAAAUACUAUAAUGCUUUAAAUUAUUGUAGUGAAAUUAAAGGUUGUAAUACAAAUACUAACAUGAGAUAUGAAUGUUUUAUAUACAAUAUAUUAUUUACAAUUUAAAUAAAAUAUUAUUCUUAUUUGCAUUAGAGUAAUUUAUGAAUAUUAUACCUCAUGUAUAAAUUAAUUGGAUGGGGGAAAUGUGCUUAAGUGUCAUGACAAUAAUGUCAUAAUGCAACAUGUUUUAAUGGUCCUGGACAGGUGUGUGUGUGUGUGUGUGUAUGUAUGU